AUGGUUGCUACUGGCAACGACGAAUCAACGCUUGAGUCCGAUAGCGACAACGAGUCGACGACCACUGACAUGGACGAGUCUUCCCCAGAAGCGGUAGUUGAAAGGCUAGCUGCGCACCUCAACCCCGACCCGUCGUUACCAUUCACUCCAGUAGAGACUAUCAAGGCCUUCAGAAAGUGGGCGACGCCGCAAAGGCUCUGGAUCGUCGACGACAGCGGUAUCUGCCGGCGUAACUGGGACACCGGCCGCGCCAUCAUCGUGGCUCCCACUCGAGUUCCUACAGCCGAAGGCGAGAUCGGCCCAUAUAAGCUCGAUACUGCGCCGUUCGUCGUAGGUGAUACCCGAGAGCUCGUUGAUUGGAGGUUCGGGAAGUGGGACUACCUGGGCACCUAUAUCAUAACCUCAAUCAAUACUCUCAGCGUCGAAGACGCAUCACGGAUCAGACGCCCAUACACCGCUAGUAUGGCAAAGAUUAUCGCUCAUUAUGCAGUCCCGAAGGCACAUCGCGCCCAGUUGUUGUCGAUGCUCGAAGACGGCACCGCCCGCGUGAACGCUAUAGCGGUGACAAGAACGGGUAGCAACGGGGAGCUCAUCAAGUUUGGGCGAGGCAAUCGUUGGGAACUGAAGAAGGAGAGCUUGAAGAAGACGGAGCAAGUUCAUCGUCUUCUUGCAGUUGGAAUGGGAUCCCUGAAGAUUGCGUCGAGAGUCGGUGUGACCAAGCGCAAGAAGGCGAUGGUAGUGAAGAAGGAAGAGUCUGACUGGAACUAG